UUUUUUUUUAGUGCCUCCGACUACGUUUUGCAAACCAUUUCUUUCUUCGCCGCCCCCUUCAUCCUGCGCCCGAGCGAACGAGGUUACCAAUGAUGUCUCUUCGAUUGAUUUUACCUGCCUGCCGUGGCAGAUGCUUGUGCUUUAGGCCACGGCUCACAUUUCACGGAGCUUCGAGCUGUUUUAUUUGGCCGAUUCUUUUCUUCAUUCUUCACCCCCCAUCAUCUACUUGCUGUGACUUAUUGAGGUCUUCGAUAUCCUCCUUUUUUUUGUUCUUUUCUUUCAUCUCUCGUCUAAUUAUAUCCUCCGACCUGCCUCCCCCCCCCAAUCCUUUUACUACCACUACUACUACUAUUUUUUUGCCCGGGUCAUCCGGGUCAGCGAAUCGGGAACCAAAAAAAGGGAACAAAUGCUUUGGAAUACAUGCUGUGCUCCUCUUUUUUUUUUCUUUAUUUGAUAUCUUUUUUUUCAUUCAUCUUCUUUUUUUUGAAUGGCUCCCUUUUGUUUCCCAUUAUCCACCAUCUCAUCCAUCCUUGUGUGUGUUUUUUUUUGUUUGUUUACAGGCGCGCUUCUAGAAAUAGUCAGUGAUUCAUGCAAUCUGCAAUGCUUUCUUUUCCUUUCCACUUUGAUUGAAAAUAUUAUAUCAGCAGUAGAUGUUCAGUAUGCUUAUAUUGUAGUAUAGGUAU